AUGACUACAAAUCUACUGCAAGACUACCCCGAUUUGAAAGACCUGUAUGUGCAAAAUGAACGGAUGACCCGCGAGUUUGACCAUAGCGAGGAUGAUAGCAUUAAAUUCAUAGGGAAAGGCACUUUUGGAGAUGUAUUCAAAGCCAAACACCUCAUCGACCAAAAGGAGUACGCCAUCAAAACCAUUGUUAUUGGAGAGAAAAGUGUUAAAAGGGUUAAAAAGACAGUGAGAGAAGUCUACGACAUGACGAUCAGGGAGUUGAAGGUAUGGGCGAAACUGAACUGCGACCACUUCACGCAAUACAGGAGCUCAUGGUUAAAGGCCGAACAUAAAGACAAGGAAUUGGUGCUCACAGUAUACAUACAAAUGGACUUGUGUUGGUUUACUCUGGAGGACGGCAUUCGCAAAAUGAGGCAACACUUCGACCGACCGGUCAACCAAUUUCUGCCAACUCUGGGCUAUUAUAUGGCCUCAGAAUUGCUGAUAGAAAUACUGGAAGGCAUUGAUUACUUGCACAGUUUGACACCUCCUAUUAUACACCGGGAUAUCAAACCCAAAAACAUACUGAUUAAGGGUAGUCCCUACGGCCGGUUCAUUAAGUUGGCUGACUUUGGGUUGGCUACGGAGCACCUGAAGGAAUCUAUGACCCACACCCAGAACAAUGGCACCGACAAGUAUAUACCGCCCGAAGUUAGACUGAGUCGCUGUUACGGCACGAAAGCCGAUAUGUAUAGCAUUGGGGUUACGGUUAACGAGUUGUUCAACUUUGCCCUCCACAGUCCAGAGCCAGAGGAUGAUAACUAUAUGAGGAUUACAAAAUUGAAUGAAACACUUGUGGAUGGCUUUCCUUCCAAAAGACCCUCGUGUGCGGACACAUUAAAAACCAGACACCUGUGGCAUAUACCCUACCGUGCGAUUACUCACACUAACAACGGUACUGAACUGCAAGUCAUCUGA